UGCGUUUUCGUCGUGAUUUCCGAAAACAAGUAAAGAAUUCUUAAUUUAUUUGCAAUCGAAACUUAAUUUCGUAUGUAAAGUAAAGGAAAUCAUUUUAACACAACAAUAAUCCAGCCGGGGUGACAAAGUAAACUCAACAAAUGUCAAUCACUCUUCAGUACUCCGUGUUCGGUUGAUCAAAACAGUCGCAUAAUUGUUUGUUUUUCUACAAAUUUUCAUUCGAUGGUGCUGUGCAAAACUGGAACGGUAUGGAGCAUGAAAAACCCUAUUUUGCCGUAAUAGCUGGAUUAUGUGCGUCGUUUGCGAGCUUGUUCGGAAAGUUGACCUCAAACAGUGGCCGACUCGUGGGUUGGGCUGGACUUUCCAACAGCGAAGCUUUCUAGCGCCUAGUCCGCUGCUGUCAAAUCGCUUGUUUAUGCUGGAUCUGUUUUGACAGAUGCUAAGGUGACCAAACACAAGUGGGUGAGGGGUGGCGAAAAAAAAAACACAGAGGCUUGCUGGCUAGAAAGGACGCCUCCGUUGUUUGGCAUUCCGGGAUUGGGAAGCGCAGCUAUUCCUGGUGCUAAAAGACAACCACAAUAAACAUACGGCGGUGGCCAACAAGCCUAUUCGGGAACAAGAAGCUUGAAGUGUGGUGCCACAGCGUACGUGCACGAUGGGUCCGACCAAAAUCACCCCCGAAGAUCAGGCGUUCAAUAUCGUGUUUGUGGGAGAAGUGAAAAAACAUCCGUGCUUGUUCGAUAGCGGGAACCCGGACUACAAGCAGCAGUCACUGCAGGACAGGGCCUGGCUGGAAGUAUCAAAUAGCGUCGGCGAGAGUACAGACACCUGCAAGAAGCGCUGGCGCAACUUACGAUGUUGCAUGACCCGCUACCAGAAAUCGGUCCGUGACAGCAGCGAUCAAACAGCGAACGCACGACGCAAACCGUACUACCUGUACAGCCACAUGCAGUUCGUACUGCCCCAUUUGAAGGCACGAGAGGAAAGCAGUACCUACGAACCGGAUGAAACGUUGUGGGCGAAAGCAGAGAGCGAAUCGUUGAGCAAGCACGACGAGGAGGAGGAAGACGAUGACAACGAACCGAACGAAAUUGAAACGAUCGACGUACCGGAGGAGGAACAUAGCCAGCAAAUUAAGGACAGUAUUCUGAGUUCCAUAAAGAUCGUACCGAUCGGGCAAGAACAACGGUCGGUUACAGACCACCACCAGCAGCAGCAUCAGGAGCAGGAAAUGCUCGAGCAGCACGACACAAAUCCAGCCAGCACGACGGAGUAUGAAAUCAUAGCGGCACCUCCGCUCAAACAAGCCCGCCUGUCUAACACACAAACCAGCGUUGGUUCCAUGAGUCCGACCGGCGGAAGUCCGUUACAAACUUCAGGAACGGAUGCGAAGCGCGACCUGCUUGCCCAGCGCCAGUUUUUUACGAUUCAAACAGCAAACAUCCCCAUGCCCUGCUACUCAACACCGCUAACGUCCCAAACCAUUCCCCAUCAUCAGCAGCAGCAACAGCAUCAGCAGCAAACGAUGUCCCAACCACAGCUACAAACGCAAGUACCACCGCAAUUCACCAUCAUCCCGAACACACCGGUUAUAGCGAGCGAAGCGGAUCAUAACUUUUUCCAAAGUCUCGUACCCGACAUUCAGGCGAUGACGAUGGAACAGAAGCGAAAGUUUAAAAUUGGCAUCCUGCAGCUAAUAGACGAUAUUCUCAAAACGUAAAUACCAAAACACGGAGCCACCGCAAGUGUCCGAACCGCAGUGGCAUUUUUUAGAAAAUUAUGAAAUUUUAUAUGAACAAUUUGUCAAAAGGCAAAGGCAAAACCACCACAAACACUAAGCUCUAGCCCAAAUGAACUACCAGACAGUACCCGCACUGGAUCAUUCAGUGUUGUGCAAUAGAUCUUAAAAGUACGAUAAAUUGUAAUGUAAGCAGACGGCAAGCGAAAGAUGAAUCAAUGUAUCGUAUAAGAUAUGUAGUGUGUAAUGGAAGAAAGCUAGUAGAAGGAUAACGAGAGAGAUUUUAAGAUAAAAAUAAUUUUUAGAUUUAGGAAAAAUUUUAACCUACCCCCCUCAUCUUCUCUCGUCCCACAUCCUUCAUCGACGUAAUUAAUUGUGUGUCCAUUGUAAAACGUGUAACAAAGCUUAAUUUAUUCUAAGGAUAAUUUUAUCUGAUCACACUCGAUAAUAGAAUAAAAGUUCAAAACGAUGUACCUAACGAU